AACAGCUGAUAACAUCCUAUUUCCCAAUUUACUCAAAUAAUUCAGAGUGAAGUUCAAAGUUCCUAUGUGACUGACUGAACUCUUCCACACAGUGCACACUUCCACACUUUUCCUCAGUCUAGUCUGUUUAAUUAUAAAGCAUAGUCCUCAAUGGAAUCAGCAUGGCAGAGAGUGGAAUCACUGCACCACUGGAUUCUGGAGAAUGGGGAUAAGCGGACGGACCCAUGGCUUCUAAUCUACUCUCCUGUACCGGUCAUCUGCAUAUUUUUGUGCUAUCUUGGUAUUAUUUGGAUUGGACCCAAGCUUAUGAAACACAAGGAACCAAUGAACAUAAAAGCAGUGCUUAUUGUGUACAACUUCGCCAGUGUCGGUUUGUCCAUUUACAUGUUCCAUGAGUUCUUGGUCACAUCUUGGCUGGCAAACUACAGUUAUCUGUGUCAACCUGUGGACUACAGCCCCAGUCCACUAGGAAUGAGGAUGGCCAGUGUAUGCUGGUGGUUCUUUUUCUCUAAAGUCAUUGAGCUUAGUGAUACAGUCUUUUUUAUCCUAAGAAAAAAGAACAGCCAGCUCACUUUUCUACAUGUGUAUCAUCAUGGAACUAUGAUCUUCAACUGGUGGGCAGGAGUUAAAUUUGUGGCGGGAGGUCAAUCAUUUUUCAUCGGGCUGCUGAACACCUUUGUUCAUAUAGUGAUGUAUUCUUACUAUGGCUUGGCGGCCCUGGGGCCUCACAUGCAGAAAUAUCUGUGGUGGAAGCGCUAUCUCACCUCACUGCAGCUGGUCCAGUUUGUCUUGAUGACUAUUCACACUGGAUACAACCUCUUCACCGAGUGUGAUUUUCCCGAUUCCAUGAAUGCAGUUGUGUUCGCAUACUGUGUCAGCCUCAUUAUACUUUUCAGCAACUUUUACUACCAGAGCUACAUAACCAGGAAGAGCAAGAAGUCUUAACAGCAUUGAUCCACAUGAU